ACUGGCGUCGUCCCGUUUGUGUUUCUUCAUCCUCCAACUCCUGACAAAUAUAAAAGCUACGGCGGAGAACUGAUCCACAAAACAUUAUGGGCUGAUAGCAGGGACAUUGGGCUUCCCGGGAACACACUUGUUUUCCUUCAUCCGCGCCGGCGAACAACUUUUAUUCCAGGAAAACCCGCUGGAAGUAACGCGUGCUGUGAACAAUUUUGCACAAUUCGCGUUAAAUUGACCCAAACAGACGGAACCGGGGACAAAAUCAUCCAAUGCAUAUCGAAAUUGAAUCUAUGCUCGAGCGGAUGCACGCGGUUCGGUCGGUGUCGGAUUCCGUUUUUGCUUUUAAUACAUGGAUACAUUUUCCCAACUAACACAGUCCGGCCAUUGACUUUGAGUGACGUGGUCGAGAUUAUUUAGUGUUAAACCUGCUAUAAAUUAAAUGUCACAAUAUCUAAGUUACGGGUGACACUUGGGACGAUAAUAUGGGUUUAUAUGGGGGGGAAUACGGUGGGUGGCUCCGCUGUGUUUGCCGCUUUUUGGACAGAAUUGCUUAUAACUGUCACUAUGGCAGUCGCCACUCGAGCUCCAUUGUCAGGAAAGUUGCCAACACCUCCAAAGAUCAGGGAUUCUGAUACCGGAUCAGAAAAUUGAUCACUAUAUCUCGGAUAGGGGUGUAAGUGGCUGCCGUGUGACCAGGUGUGAGUCCAGCUGCUAGGGGGGCUGCAGCCGACACCAAAGUCCUUCAAUAUAGGGCGCAGUGAUGGCUUUCUUUUGUUCAGGAACUGGCGCAUCAGACCACAGUCAAUAACAGGAAGCGGUGGUGAAAAAGCAGCAGCCAAACAGAGACUUCUCCCCCGGUUAGACCACUCCCUUCAUCCGCCGACAGAGGGACGUCCUCAACACUGACUGGACCUCCUGAGCACCAACACUCAAACGCACCACCUCAAAGGUUUGACAGUUGUAACAACACUUGGAUGUGUGAGCAGGUGUCAGUGGCCAAGUGCUGUGCUGACAGCCGAGCCGAUAGAGGCCCACCAGUUGGACCCGCACCAAGGCGCUCUUUGUGAAUGUCUUACCAUUUCCGCCACAAAACUCACCCUCCCUCAUCUCAGUAUGUAGAGCAGGGUAGAGGACGGCAGAAGUAUUUCCCAGUAUGUACCAAACAGUGCUCCACCUCACUUCGAUGUCCACACAGAAACAUCCUGAGAAACCAGUGUGGCUGUUUGCUGUUGGUCCACCUCGAAAACAAGUUUAACAUAACAAGAUUAAGAUUUCAUCAGCUGGACCCAGAGAACACCGGUUUCAUCGCAGUGGAGAACUUCACCAGCUUGGUGGAGCACCAUGAGCUGCAGCUGGACCCGUCCAAACUGGACAUGCUGUUAGCCCUGGUCCAGAGCAAUGAAGAGGGACAGGUGUGCUACCAGGAGCUCAUCGAGCUGAUGAGCAGUAAGCGCUCCAGCAGUUUCCGACGGGCCAUCGCCAAUGGCCGCCGCACACUGCAGAGGGAGAUCCUGCUGGACGAGACGGGGUUGGGUCUGUACAAACGUUUUGUUCGCUAUGUGGCCUACGAGAUCCUGCCCUGCGAGACAGACCGGCGCUGGUACUUCCACCAGAACCGCCUGUGUCCCCCGCCUGUGUUCAUCGCCAUCGUCACUAUCGUACAGAUUAUCGUGUUCAUGUGCUAUGGCAUCAUGCUUAACAAGUGGGUACUGCAGACCUAUCAGCCUGACUUCAUGAAGAGCCCCCUGGUCUACCAUCCUGGCCACCGCGCGCAAGUGUGGCGCUUCUUCAGCUACAUGUUCAUGCACGUUGGUUUGGAGCAGCUGGGGUUCAAUGCGUUACUGCAGCUGAUGAUUGGCGUUCCUUUGGAGAUGGUCCAUGGCAUCUUACGAAUAAGUCUGCUUUACAUGGCGGGAGUGCUGGCCGGCUCGCUGACAGUGUCCAUCACCGACAUGCGGGCUCCAGUGGUGGGGGGCUCCGGGGGGGUCUACGCUCUGUGCUCGGCUCAUCUGGCCAACGUCGUCAUGAACUGGGCCGGGAUGCGCUGUCCAUACAAGCUGCUCCGCAUGAUCCUGGCGCUAGUUUGCAUGAGUUCGGAGGUGGGUCGUGCAGUCUGGCUCCGCUUCUCACCCCCGCUGCCCUCCUCGGGGCCCCAGCCCAGCUUCAUGGCACACCUGUCGGGGGCUGUGGUCGGUAUCAGCAUGGGGCUGCUGAUUCUUCGAAGCUACGAGGAGAGCCUGCAGAAACAGUGCUCCUGGUGGGUCAUCGUCUUCUCCUUCAUCACCUUCCUCCUCUUCGCCAUCUUCUGGAACAUCUUUGCAUAUGAGCUGCUGGGGGUGCAGAUACCACCUGCUCCCUGAUGAUGGCCCCCCACCCCACCCAUAGGCCCUCCUCCACAUGCACACUGACUCCAAACCCUGUUCCAAACAAAGGUUCCCCUUUGACCAUAGUUAACUUUCCCAUUUCCUCUCAAGUUAGACCCAAAUGAAAUGAUAUGAAAUCAUUCAAAACUAAAAAUCGACCAAGAAUCUUUUUUUACAGAUACUUUGCAAAUCAAAGAAAAUAUGUCUCUUUUAUUAAAGAGGGAUUACAGUAGCAACAAGUACAGGUGAAAGUUCCUCAGAUCCAUUUUGAGGAGCAUUAUAUCUUUUUAUAUAUACACAUUGAAAUCUCAUCCACAUUACCAGCACUAAUCUUUCAAUGAGCAUUCAACCAUUGUGCUCUUUUUCUUUCAAAGGCUUUUUUGAAAAGCUGUGUCAUCAUUUGUUUCUUUUGAGUGCAUCUUUCACACAUGUUAAGACCUCAAGUAAGAAGGAUCUGACUUUGCCUCUGGUGAAAGGGAAUAAAAGGGAGGAAAACUGUAGGAGUGUGUGCUGCGGCAGUGACAGUGUCGUCUGUUGUAAAGUUCAGAGAUCAGGAUCAACUGCAGCAUCGCCCUUUAAACCAAGAGGGUUUCAGUGUUUUGUUUAAAGGCACUAGAGCAGCGUAGACGCCUGAAUCUGAGUCCUUUGGCUGUGCCACAAAUCAGAGCCACAGGAGGAGAUUUAGAGAGGAGUUUCAGGAAGAGCAUGUUUAUUUCUGGGGGCAGCAAUUUAUAGAAAACUCACAGAAGCACCAAUGAAAUUAGAUUUUUUUCCCCAACCCUGCUGUAACUCACAGGGGUCACUGCGGCUUUUUGCAGAAUUGCUGGCACACUAAGUGAAAAACAAAAAAACAGCUAACAGAAGGUUUUCUUCAAAUGGAGCGACUAAGUAGAUGAUAAAGCAUCUGUCAAAAUUCAUUGUCCCCCCCGGUUGCAAUGGGAAUAAGAAACCCUUUCCCAGAGCAGUUGCAGGAAAGAACGGUUUUAGAAUUUUUUUUUUUUUUAAGUUUUAUGUGGUUUCUGUCUUAGGAGUACCUUAAAGUCAGAGGCAUCACAGUCAUUUUCACUUCAUGGGGUCUUUAAAAAAUAAGACGACAUCAUUUUUUUCCUAUAUUCCAUGACAUUAUACCUACACUGUGGAUACAGAAACAUAGUUCACACAACACUGGACAAGACAUGAAGAUGGGAAAUGAAAGUGACUGCGUGACAGGAGAGGAAAGAAAAAUAAGUUUCUGAGAAAACGACAAGUUUCCCGGAUGGUCGUCACUUAAAUGAGUCAACUCCUCCUGUUUGCUGUGUCAAACGCUAACCACCAACUUGCUAGGCGCACCGUGUAAAAUAUGCCAUGUCAUGCUCUGUGGCUCUCGGCGAGACAAGGACACACACAAACACAAACACACACACAAACACACACACACACACACACAUUUCUCCUCUUUGUCUUUGAGAGCAGCCACUGCCUGAUUCUGUAGGUCAAUGUGGACAAACCGAAGAGAAGAAAACCACACACACACACACACACACACACACACGAACAUAUACACGUACUGGCCUCUGCCUGUUCUCGCUCUGACAGACUGAACUGGGGAGGGCGCGGAUGUGUCAUCACCUGACCUCUGACCUUCGUGUCCCAGAGGGCAUUGGGGUCUCUCUGUCAGGCCCAGUCUAUACCUCAGUUUCUCAUUCUUAGGGACUGUAUACUUUUGUAAAGGAAUGUACCUAUAAAGAAAAAAAAAGAGUGUUAUUAAGUUGUCCCCGUUUUUCAUUUGAUAGUGGAUGUGUAUAUUGUAUGUUCAUAACCAAGAGUAUAUUUAUUUGUAUUUUUUUUCCCCUUUGAAGGGGGAAAAGAGAAACGUUUCAAAUGGUGCAAAAUUAAUGCUAUGAUUGUUGUUCUCCUGAUAACUCCUGUAUGGCUUUGAUCCUCUGAAAAAUAGUCUAUGAGGCAGAAUCCCCUGGUUUGUUAGAUGACCACCGACGACUCAAGCUCACUUGAUUUUAUAAAUCUUUAGUGCUUUACAAAAUAAGCCAUAGAAAGAACUAAUUCGAGAGGGCAAACGCAGAGGAAAAAAAGGUGUUUGCUGGUUUGAACCCCGCUGAUUGGUAGCUUCAGUGAAACUCUAUUUUUUUUGUGUGUGUGCUCAAACUUCAUUUCUGCGUCGUGAAAUAUUCAAAGGUUUAGGUGAAAGAAGACAAACUGUGCAAGUACAAGCCGGUGAAACUCUGGACUGUUUAUGUUUUCACGUAGCUAGACUCAUUUUUACAGCUUGUUCGCCGACUUGUUUGUAGUGGAUGCAGCUUCAUUUUUCCAAGUGCCCACAUCUCAAACUGUCCCCGGCAGUGUGCAGACGCCUCUCCGGCAUUUCUUAUUUUGAAAAUAACAAAUUAUGAACAGGGCUUCUGUCAUAUAUUAUCUGCGGAGUGGUUCAAGCUUUUUGGAAAGCUGAGGCGAGGAUAGCAAUUACAUUUACUCAUGCUACGUUCCAUUUUUCAGUCGUUCAAUCAAUAAUUCAUUUAAAUGUCCACUGGCUGCCUGGGAAUUUUUUUUUAUGCAUUUGCCAAUUUUGAUAGUUGGUCAUAAAUACAGUCCUCAGCAUUUGCUUCCACAUGAAACUGUCAAUUGUAACAAAAGACUCCAUGUUAAAUGAUGGAAUCUGUGUGAAAUAGCCAGAAUAAGCCAUUUUCAGAUACAUAAAGACAAAAAAAGAAAAGAUCAGCCAAUACGUAGUAGUAAUGGAUCCUUGAUGGAAACUCUUGUGUAUACUAGGAAAUAUUAUUGCUUAGGAUAGCAAAGAUACAUUGAUGAAUAAUGCAUACAUAUCCUGUUAGCCUAUAAUGAAGAUAAAGAGGAUGCCUGAGAGGAGGUUAAUGUGCCUCUUUAACUUUAGAUUCAUAGGAACCCAGAAGGGUUGUAAAAAGGGCUAGUAAAUGGCUAUGUUCUUGUAGAACACAUUAACUGUGAAUAUUACCCCUCCUGGAAGUACAUGCAGGACUAAAAUCGAAGGCUUGUGAAUUCUUGAUGCCCCUAAAACUCAAAAACAUGCUACUCGAUUGAGUUCUUUUCAUACACAGUGAAAUGUCCAGUGUUUCAUUUGUUAUUUGUACAAGUCUCUUCUGAAAAAAACGCAGACAAUAGCAAGAGAAAAUUAACAACAAGGUUGGGGAGGAACGUUUUCAGGAGUAGUUUAUAACUUCUCUGUAAGCCAAAUCUCCUGGCCCUGUGCCUGAGCUGACCACAGCACCAACAUACCUUCUAAAAAGUCAUCUCCGUGUCUGACAAAAAGCCUCUCCUGCACUCAGACAACAUCUCAUCUUAAAGGAGAGGAUUGAUGGAGGCCUGACUCACAUCCUCUGGUUGACGGCAUGUGACGGUAUUGGUCUGUGAGGGAUGGAGGGACGGCAGGUACAACAGACAGCGCUGGCGCUCUGCAGAAAACCUCAGCAGGGCUGUAAAGCAGCAGCUUUCGUGCUUUCCCAUCCUGUCGCGCUCAUGUCACAACACCCCCGGUGUCAGGAUGAUGCAUGGCUGUCGCAAGGAUACACCAGAGCCCAAAGCUAGACCAUAAACAGGAUAUCUUCCUUUAAUAAGUGGAUCUGACAGGCUGCAUGAUGUUAAUUUAAUUGCCGUCUUUGAGUGACAUAUUUGUUUUCAGCAGUAUAAGGAAUGCACGGGUGGAGGAUGGCAUGAGCCUGAAUAGGAGCAGACUAUGAAUAACAUGUGAUCCAUCACUUUGGGUGAGCCACAUGCUCCUUUUGAUUGGUUUCGAUACAGUCAUGACUGUGAAAUGAUGUAGAAAGGUUAGUGCCAACUUGUUUGAACCCUUGUUGAUGUGACUGCACCCAAAAUACUGUUUAUUUCUGUGCUCGUUUCAUUCAGAAUUGCAGCAUACUUGACAUUUAUCUGACUGAUGUUUCUUAUUUCCUGUAUUUUGUCAUAAGUGGGCUUUUUUUGUUGUUGCACUUAUUAAGAUGUAGUUAACCGACGUGUUGGCGUGUGCCAUAUUCUCUACUGCCAUAAACAUUCUUUGAUGCUUUUUUACCUCCCUCUGCCAAUCCAUUGUGCUGUUAUGCCCAAUGCCUUGUUAUAGUAUAUAAGCCCAAGACUGAGCACCGGGCAGAAAGGCUGCUUUGCUCAAAGCUGUAUGGUAUAUUCUACAUGCAUAGAAUCCAUAAGAGGAAGAAGCCGCAGUGCAAACAGCUGAAGUUAUUAAGUAGCUGCUCUGAACUGCUACUUGCCAACAAGCUGGCCAGGUUGCCUUGUCUUAGUUUUUAUUGCCACUUGGAUAUAUCUGUAUAUAUAUUGUGGCCAAGUCUCACUGCAGGACUGUGCAGGUAAAGCAGGCGACUGUAGCUCCAGAGAUGGAACUGUACUCACAACGUCAUUGGAUGCUCACCAGUGCAUUGUUUGGCUGAAGAUGAAACAUGAAAUGAAAUGAAAUGCAAAUUAUCCUGGUGAGGUGUCAAACUGUGAAAAACUAAUUUUAAAUUUGUGUUAAUUAGCCAGUAGGGCUGGCUUGGACACAUAAAGUCAGUGCAGACUAAGCAUGCAUCUAUGAACCCCAAUGCUUGCAGGUUGUUAUAGUUCAACAAUCUCUCCAGCUUUCCAUUAUGCUUAACAUUUAAAGUCUACAGUAUUAAACUUUAAAUGAGGAAUGCCUCUGAACAUUCUGGUUUUCAAGUGGAUUAGUGAACACUGAUUUUUGUGUACCACAGCUAGAAACAAUCAUAAAAGACUUUGUCUGUGAGAGUAUUCAGGGUUUCUCUCUGGAGAUGAGGGUAUAUUUUCUCGUUUGUAAUGGAGAACAUUGCUAAAGUUUCCCAGUUUCUAGCUGAGGUACAGAUUAUUUUCAUGUUCACAAAUACUGCCUGAGCCACUCGACAUCAUGCAAACAUCACAGGUGGUUUCUUAAAAUCAGAGUUGUUUCCCUCCAACGGGUUAGAAUGAAAGAAAAAAAAAGAGUCACAUCUGUGCUGCUGUGGUAGUUUUUUUCCCGAGCUGCUUACUUGUAUCGAUAAAAUGGUGCCAAGCUUAUGAGGUUCAAUCUCUGAGACCAGACAAGAGGUUGUGCCAACACAGCGUUUACAAAAAGAAAAAGCAGAAGAAGCUAUUUUUCUCUCGGUCAUGAGGAAACUGAAGGAAAACUAAAUUUACAAAUGGAUAAUUUAUAUCAAAGUCCUCAUUAAUUAUUUCACAAUCUAUUGUACUUUUUAAAUGUUCUGAACGGAACCAUUUUAUAUUGUAUAUAUAUGAAUAUAUUUUGUUUUAUUUUGUACUGUUCAUUGUACUUUGCUUUAAUUUAGAAACAAUAUAAAUAAAGAACAAUACUGUGGCAACAUCCUA